AUGAUCCAACAUCGGCGCUCGAUGCUGUCCUUGUUGGUGGCCGCGGCCCUUCUCCCCGGCGCAGCGGGACAAGGUGGCAGGGGCGGCGGCGGAGCAGGUGGAGGAGGCGGGGGCGGCGCUGGCGGUGCUGGUGGAACAGGGGGAGGCGGUGGAGGCGGCGGGAUAGCGUUGACGGAGCCGCACAUAACCAUCAAUGCCGACGUGGAAUGCAAGACGAGCGUGACUGGCCCACAGACCAUCACGGGUUACAUUUACUGCGACAACUACUUUGAGUUUUGGUUCAAUGGAGUUCUCGUGAAGCAGGACCCGAUGACGUUCACGCCGCACAAUGCGGUUGCGGUCUCGUUCGAAUGGGACGGCGCUUCCGACAAGGAGUACGCGAUUAUGUGCAUGGACUACGCUAGCAGCUCCGGAUACGAGUACGUCGAGACCUCCAACCCGGGACUUGGUGACGGGUCGCUCAUGGCGGAGUUUUCGGAUGGCACGGUAACUGGCGCUGCCUGGGAUGUCUUCGUGCUGACACACGGGCCUACCGACGCGUCCAUUGCGGCAGGUUGCAGCAGCAGCAAUCUGGCACCAUGUGCGGUCGUUUCGUCGGCAGAGCCUGCAGGAUGGAUGGCUGGUGGCUACAAGGCCAGCGGUGGUUGGGCGUCAGCAACUGAAUACACCGCUGCGCAGGCGGGUUGGGGGAGGACACCGACUUGGGACGCGACCAGGAAUUGCUGUGGUACGGCCACAAGCCCAGCAACUAAGGAAACGCUGACAAACAAUGGCGGCUGCUCCGUCAAUUACAACAGCACCGAACCGGCCGGGGUUUCUGUUACAGUAACGGAACAGGAGUGCUUGGAUCCGAUGGCCGUCUUGUCGGAGACGAGGUCGAAGAUGAUUUGGUCCUCCGACCUGGAGCGGGACAACAAGCUCCUGUUCCGCAUUACCGUGCCUGCCAAUGCGUCGACGGUGGUGCAAUGCCCUACUUGCAGUGCACCAACGGUUGAUCAAAGCACACAACGAGUGCGCAAGGAGUUGAGAACGCUGAGCGCAGCAGAUUGGAAGAAGGUGACGGACGCCAUGUGGGUCAUGAAGAACACGACACAGGCGGCCGGUGUCGAAAAAUAUGGCCAAGCGUUCCGUACCUAUGACUACUUCCCGACCAAACACGCUGCGGCGUAUUCUGAUGUGCGCGGCGACCAGGCUCACUUUGGCCCUCAGUUCAUGACUUGGCACAGUGCCUUCGUCUUGGAAUUCGAGAAUGCGCUGCUGUCUGUGGACAGCACCAUUGGUGGGUUGCCAUACUGGGACUCAACAGUGACCUCUCCGUCCAUCUUCUCGGAGACCUACUUCGGAAGUGCUCCUGGCACAGGGUCCGACUCUCAAGUUGUCGAUGGUGCCUUCCCGAACUGGUGGAUCAAGACGGACUUUUCCUUCUCAGAUUACAACCCAAACGGCAGCUCUCCAUACACUGGCUCGCCCAUUGGCAUGCUGCGGGGGCCCACCAACAACAAUGCGAAUGCCAUGACGACACGCUUCGGUUCGAGCACUUAUUCGUACGAUGCUAACGAAUUCUGGGUCUGCGCGAACUUGGACGGGUUUUGGUAUGACUGGUACAAGUGCGUCGAGGGUGAUGCGACUGUCAGUGGCAGCCUCCACGGAGGACCACAUGGGCAGGUGGGCAGCAGCUCGGGCGGCAACAGCGGCGACUUCGAGGACCCGGUCACGUCGCCGAAUGACCCCCUCUUCUUCUUCCAUCAUGCAAACGUGGACCGCAGCAUGCGUUGGUGGAUGCUGAAGAAUGCAGCCAAGCGCGGCACCUUCUACGGCUUUCCUGCAGCUGACGCCGAAGGCAUUCGCGAGAAUGCUGGGAAGAGCUAUUAUGGGCAGAACCUCCUUGACGUGAUGUCAAGCACGUGGGGUUUCACCGCUGCUGACCUUGGCUUCUCCGGUGCCUCCUCCGGCUUCCAGACCAACGCGGAUCUGCUUUGCCACAACGGUCCCUCCACGAGUUCAUACACCUAUGACACGGAGGUGGCCUGCUCUGGAGGAAGCGCAGCCUGCUCAGCGGUUUGGGGCGAUAGCACGACGACAGAGGUCGGGACGACAGAGGCCGUGACGACAGAAGCCGCAGGCCACGUUAGCAACACGGGCCACCGACGGCACACAGCAGCCACGGUCUUGAUGUCCGGCCUCUUUGCGGCCUUGGCCACCAACUCCUGA